CCAUGACAACCAGCCAGCAUAACAACAACAACAAUAAGAGCUACUAUUACGAUAAGUAAAUGUAUAUCCGCCAUCUAGACAUACCCUUUCGCUUGAAUGGGCGCGUGCUAACAUAAGAGAAGACACCUGCUGCUGCAGCCUAUUGGAAAUUUGGAUAGAAACCCUCACUAAACCAACAACAAACUAAUAGAUCAACUUUAAACCGAAAAUACGCUGCUGUUGCCGUUUUUGUUUCUGCUUCAAACUGUUCCGGUGACAACAGGCAGUAAAGGGUACGCCCCCGCAACCCACCCAACUCCGCCCCGCCGACGCCGGGUUGAAGGGAACCAUAAGGUUUAGCCAGCAGCAUGAACGCCAGCCUCAUCUAUGAGAUACUUAUGUAUCUAAACUCAUUCUAUUUUGGCAUGUACGCCGCCUUCGAGGUGGGCGUGGGCGUUCUAAAGGCAAUCAAUUUGAAUUACGGUGAAAAUGUCUUAUCACGUGAAGCGAGCAUACUACUAUCGCUUUGCCUUAUUGAAACAGUACGCAUUGUCUUCGGACGCAAGAGUAGUCUAAGUGAUCGUGGCUGGCAAGCAACUGCAUCCGUAAUAUUAACACUGCCCAGUCUUGCUAUUGUUAUCUAUUUAUGUUGUUUUCAAACCUAUGUUCUCAAACUCGAAAUUAUUCUGAGUGCCUUAAUGAUCACACUACAAGGAGCUGAACUAAUUUAUGCCAGCAUUUUUAUUUGUACAAUGUGUCGACCCGUUACCUACACCUAGCAGUUGAUCAAUCACGUUGCCAUUAACUGGCCAACGACCACGAAGACGACCAAUUCAAUAACAAUUCUAGGAGCACGAACAGGAGGCAGCAUCUGGAUUACUUAUUAUCAGCAUCACCAUAUUCACAUUCAACAAAUUGGUUUUAAAUUUGAAAACAUUAAUAUAGACUUAACACAA